AUGAGUAGAUGUGAAAAUACAAAAGAUGUAUUCGAAUUGGCGCGUCCCUGGUUAUGCGGCUUCAGCUCCGGCGCUGCGGACAUACUGCUUACCUUUCCUGUUAAUAAGCUCAUGUUCCGCCAGCAGCUAAAUGGCUACACACCUUCCCAAGCAAUUCAUUCACUCAAAAACGAGCUGAAGCCUCUUCCUUUCCCCAGAAAUGUGGCUCAUCUGUACAGAGGUCUUAUUCCGCCCACCUUCAACAGAUGCCUCGCGCGCAUGUUCACAUUCGGAGGAUAUUACAACUGUAUAGAAAUUUACUCAAAAUACGACUGUAUGCAAAACCAUGUUAAUAUUGCCAAGCUUUUCGCCGCUCUAACCUCAGGAACAAUAGAAAGUAUAUUCUGCUGUCCAUUUGAACGCCUACAGACCAUUUUGCAAGAUGAUAAAAGCAAUAGACGCUAUCAGAAUACCUGGCACUUAGUGAAAACCCUCCCGAUGAGAGAAUAUUACCGUGGAAUCAGGCCGAUCAUCCUGCGAAAUGGAAUUUCGACUUUUAUUUAUUUCCAAGUCUACGAUCAAAUGUCGCAGAUUACGGACAACUUAUUCAUUCGAGGAGCCUUUGGAGGCAUCGUAGCUACUUGUUACGCCUAUAUCUUCAAUGUUGUCAGAGCUAGACAACAGUCUAUUCUCAAUUCUAGCGAAUCAAAGUUAUACAGAAGUACCUUAUUCACGCUGAAGUCAAUUUACAAAGAGCGAAAUCAAGAAAUCCACGCAUUGUAUCGCGGAUUCCGCUUUGCCAUUUUGCGCACAUCGAUGAGCUGGGGCAUUACAACCUGGUUCUACCACAAAUGUUACACUUAUCUAAAAGAAUCUGACAUCAGCUAA